CCUCUCCUCCUCACUCUUUCCUGCCAUUAUUUAUACGAGAAGAUAGCCCGUCUCUACUCGUCAUAACUACUAAUAGAAACAGAUACCUUAGAGGAUCUGUCAGUUCCCAUAUCAUCACAGAUUUUGCACCAUCUACCUAAUAUUUCCUGCCUUCUCUAGCUAUCUAGCUAGCUUGUUAGUUAGUUUCUUGUAAUAGAAAGAACCAGUUUCUUGUUUCAAGAAACCCCAUAAAAGUUCUCUUGAGAAAAUUGUUUUUGCUAAGAAAGAAAAGAAAUGGCUACUGCUUUGGUAUCUCAAGAAAAUGUUGUAGCUUCUUUGGUGUCUCGUACAGGGAGGCAUUUGCAGCGUUAUGAUAAAGGUCGUCGUCAAGUUGUAGGAUGCAUACCAUACAGAUACAAGAACGGGAGCUCAAAUACUUCGGAGGUUGAAGAUGAGUUAGAAGUUCUUGUCAUCAGUUCACAGAAAGGAAAGGGGAUGUUGUUUCCUAAGGGAGGCUGGGAAUUGGAUGAAACCAUAAAACAAGCCGCUUCUCGAGAGACAUACGAGGAAGCCGGGGUGAAAGGCAAUGUUGAGCACCAAUUAGGUCACUGGACCUUCCAGAGCAGAACUCAUGGCACUGAUUAUGAUGGAUACUUGUUCCCUUUACAUGUUAAGGAGGUAUUAGAUUUCUGGCCAGAGAAAAACAAUCGCCAGAGAAAAUGGAUGAGUGUGGAAGAAGCAAGAGAAUGCUGUCAGCGUGGGUGGAUGAAGGAAGCCUUGGAUGUAUUAGUUGACCGCCUCGCAGGUCGGCAACAACUUGGUGAAGAAGACAUGGGAUCUUGUCCUUUAAGCUACCAGGCCAAAUCCAACUUGUAAAUAGACAAAUUGUGGAGAAAUACAGCGAGGGCCAUAAUUAACAGGAAUUGAACAAGCAAGAAAAGGAGUGGCAGGAAGCAAUAAUUAGGCGAUUUUGUGUUUAUUUUGUUGUCCCUUUCUUGAAUUUUCAAUUCUGAUAACUUUCUUGUUAGGAUUAUGUUAGGGGGAACAUCAGAAAGUUUUACGAGGAAGACGCAAGAUGGUUUCUAACUGGAGAGGUAUUAAUAAAAAAUUAUGUUUUGGGAAGGAAAAAAAAAUGUCAGUUGUCUUUUUUUUCAUAGUCGGCCAACUGUCAUUGUACUUCAUCAGGAUUGCAGAUAAUGACAGCUUUUUUUACUUCUGGAAA